AAGGUACAUUUGUGAAGAAAACAUUAAGCAAAAACACAAAGAAGAAGCAUAUUAUAUAUUAAUAUUUAGCAAAAAUGACAUCUUUCCCCAUGAAUGCUGGUGAUGGUCCUUAUAGCUACUCCAAAAACUCCCAAUUGGCGAGAGAUAUAUUAAAUGGCUCAAAGGAAGUGGCUAGAGAUUCAAUUAUUCAAAAACUUGACAUCAAAAAAAUCCUGUUAUUAUCAUCUUCAAAUACAAUACGUAUUGCAGAUUUAGGAUGUUCAGUUGGACCAAACACUUUCAUUGCAAUGCAAAAUGUUGUACAAUCUCUAAAAGACAAGCUAUUACAAGUCACAAAUUCCACAAAUAACAUUCCAGAAUUCCAAAUAUUCUUCAAUGAUCAUAUUAUAAAUGAUUUCAACACCCUCUUUCAAUCACUCCCUAUCGAUCGAUCCUACUAUGCAUUCGGAGUUCCAGGAACUUUCUAUGAUAGAUUAUUUCCAUCGCGAUCGAUACAUUUUGCAUAUUCAUGUUGUUCUAUACAUUGGUUAUCCAAGUGUCCAGAAGAGUUGUUAGAUGAAAAAUCCCCAGCAUGGAAUAAAGGUUUGAUUCACUAUAUGGGUACAUCAAAUGUUGAAGUGUUGAAUGCAUAUGUUACACAAUUUGAAAAGGACAUGGAAAUGUUCUUAAAUGCAAGAGCUAAAGAGAUUGUUGAAGGUGGAAUGAUGGUACUUGUUACACCAUUUGAAAGUUAUACACCUCUCAUAGAAUGUUUUGGUUCAAGUCUUAUGGAUUUGGUGAAUGAGGGAAAGUUAGAUGAAUCUUUAGUCAACUCAUUUAAUUUGCCAAUAUAUUUUCCAUCUCUUGAAGACAUGACUAAAGUGGUGGAGAAAAAUAAUUAUUUUAGCAUUGAGAAAAUGGAAUUGACAUAUCCCAAAUCAGAAAUUAUAGAUGAAGCUGAUGGAAAGAAUUUAAUGAUAAAUUUAAGAGCUGUUUUAGAAGGAUUAUUUAUUAAUCACUUUGGAAGUAAAAUUGCAGAAGAAGCUUGUAUAAGGACUAUUCUCAAAAGUAAAGAGAUUUCGACAUGGAUGAAAGCGAAUUGCGAGAAAUUAUGUCAAUUAGUUGUCGCUCUGAAGCGUAAAUGAAUUUAUAUAGAAGAUGUACACUAUUAAUUUGUCUAUUUAUUCUCAUUUAAAAGUAGUCGUACAGAAGUUAUUAGUUGCAAAUCAAAGCAGUCAUAUUAUUGUUAUUAUUGUUUGGCAUUAUCUUAUGACUUUUCUUCAUAAUCA